AUGGUUAGCUGGAUGCUUGCGGCGACGAUGGUGCACGAAUUAUGUCAUGCCAUUAUAGGAGCAACACUCUUAUGGAUCCGGCAUCCUCGCGAGUUUGGGGUUUCUCACCCUGCAGACCUCAGAUUUUGCAAGUUACUUGAAAGGGAUUUAUAUCCAUCGGCACCACAUUAUCCAGACAUUGAGCCAUAUUAUAAGAAUGACUCGAGAAAAGAAAUUGGAGAAGCUUUUGAAAGACAUAGCGAAUUUUAUCCCCGGGAUUCUGCCAAACACGAAGUACUGGCCCCGUACGUAGUGGUCGAGCAAUCAUUCACAUUCAACUCUCACAGUACAAUUCAAAAAUUCUUCACGCAAGAGUUUUGGAACACCACAUUCAAGAAGUAUGGUUCGGCAGCUCUGAGAAGCGUUCCAGAUAUUCCCCAAAGAGUCGCUUGGUUUUCAGCCAUUGAGUCUACAACAUUUCACUCUUCCCUCCGCGAUCUUGCCUUUGGCACUGCUGAAUUUCGGGAAUGGGUCAGUUGUUUCAUCCUGGAGCUGGAAGCGAGCGGUCAAAAAGUUAUCGCGCAGUACAUCAAGGCUCUGAUUUAUGAUGCGUGGAAGUUCCCGAUGCUUGCCAAACGUUUUGUUGAGAUUGCGGAAAACUGGUACCAUCGAGGCGAAAGACUGACAGCGCAAGCUUGCAAAACGGGUAUGAUUGCCUUUGAAGCAGGCAUCUUCUUUUUGUAUAAAAAUAGGAGGCUCAAUUACAGAGACAAGAAGCAAGAGGCAACGAGUUUCUAUAAGCAAUGGCGGCGAUUGCGACGCCACAAACGUGUCGACCCAGAUGAAGCUUCCAUAUCAUUAGACGGAAUGUCUGUGGAUAAAUUUAUAUCAGCUAUUACCCAUGAAGGAAACAAAUACGAUAAACGUAUUGUCAAAUCACUCAUGGAGUUUUCCAAAUUUCUACACCAAGAGCUGUGUAUUCAAGAAGCCAUGGUAGCUCAAUUAUACGAGUUGCCUAUUGGAUUCUGGGAGCACUACCUUGAAGGGAUCCAUGGCCAUCAAUUCAUCUGGAGAGUUCGAAACAACAAGACCAUCACCCAGUUAACAAGACUACUUAGAGACCUCAUUGGGCUUCAAGCGCAUUUGCCAUCCUGGAGAAAUGAAUGGCGGGCGAAGGUAUUGUCCUGGCUUACCUCGUUUCGACACAUUUCAUACCUGAUCUCCAAAGAUGCGAGAGAAGUGCAUGCCAACUGGCGGGAAAUGCUUCAUACGGUGCCCAUGCUGCGCAAGUCAAAGCAGACAGUGUGGGAAAGAUGGUAUCCUUUAGCAAAGCGAGCGAUGCUCAACUUGAAGGGCGACCAGCUUGCUAAGCUUGAGGAAGUUGAACAGAGAUAUGCCCGAGAUUUCGAUUUGAACUCGUACAAGAUUGUUUUACCAGGCCGAAGGGCGGGAGUACAAGGAGUUGCCGAGAAAUGGGCAGGCUUACUGGACAAUAUUGUGGAGUUUGAACAGGAUGAUGGCAAAUUGAUGGAAGAUCUUGAGCGGGAAGAAUUCCAUGCACCUGCUUCCAGGCCAAAUGCUGCCGAACUCGCCUCAACAAUAGAUCCCAAGCAUACAGGGAAAUCAACUGACACAACGCCUUCAUCAUGCAAUGGAAAACGACAAACAAAAUGA